GAAGGCCGAAGUGUUGUCAGCAGUCGUCUACUCCUCCCUUGCAGAACGUGCUCCACCGGAGGAAACCGCUCAGUGUGAAACUCACUUUUGAUAGUGUAUGCAGAACGUAUCCUCAGUCAAUUCUGGAAAAUUAUCUCAGUAUUCAAGAGCGCAUGUUGAUAUGCUACUUUAUAAUGUAGCGCAAGAGAUGGACGACAAAAUCGUUUGAAUUAUCGGAGCGGAUUAUCGUUACGUCACAGCAUACGAGAGGUGGCUCAGUAUUGAGAUAGACUUUGACAUGAUGUGGGGAGUCAUGCUCAUACUGUCCCUGAUCUUCACUGAUGUCGUGGAGAGUACCCGUUUGUCUCCUCCGGGGAAGCCCAAGCUCACAGGCUGCAGAUCCCCAGAGAAAGAGACAUUCACCUGCUGGUGGGAGCCUGGCCCAGAUGGAGGACUGCCAACCAGCUACUCUCUCUAUUACCGCAAGGAGAACUCUGACACUGUGCACGAGUGUCCGGAUUACCACACGGCGGGAAAGAACUCCUGUUUCUUCAACAAGAACGACACUUCCAUCUGGGUGAACUACAACAUCACUGUGGUGGCCACCAAUGCCCUUGGGCGCAACGUCUCUGACCCUGUUGAUGUGGAUGUGGUAUAUAUUGUCCAGCCCCACAUGCCAGAGAACGUGACCGUGGUCGUGCAAGAGGUUGAUGGUAAUGACCCGUCCCUUCUGGUGAGAUGGGAGCCCCCGCGUAAGGCAGACACGCGCUCUGGUUGGAUCACCCUUGUCUACGAGCUGCGCGUCAAGCUGGAAAAGGAGGAGAAGUGGGAGGAGCACUUUGCAGGCCAGCAGAAGCAGUUCAACAUCUUCAGCCCACACUCAGGAGAAGUCUACAUGGUUCAAGUCCGCUGUAAACCAGACCAUGGCUUUUGGAGUGAAUGGAGUUCUACAUCAUAUGUCACGGUCCCUGACUACAUUAACAGGGAGAGGUCAAUGUGGAUCCUGAUUGGUGUCAUCGCAGCUUUUGUUUUUGUCGUCAUCACAUGGGCUGUCACUGUGAAUCGCAACAGUGUAAAACAUUUUCUGCUUCCCCCUGUUCCUGGACCUAAAAUCAAAGGAUUUGAUACACAACUGCUCAAGGCUGGGAAGUCAGAGGUGCUCGAUCAUUUGGUUAUCCAGGGCUUUACCUCCAUACCAGACUUCGAGGACCUGUUGGUGGAGCACUUUGAAGUGUAUGAUGUGGAGCAGGAGCUGGUUCUAGAUGGAAAGGACUUACAAGAGGUGCAUUUGAAAUCCAAGGACUCCUCCGACUCUGAUUCUGGGAGAGGCAGCUGUGACAGCCACACAUUGCUAAUGGAGAAAUGUGGUGAGCCCAAGGUGGACCAGACCACAAUAAUGAAGGACAAAGUGAAUCAGGCUGGUAGUGGACCCCUGGUGAGAAGCAAUAGCCAUGGUUACUAUAUGGAUGCUGCUAAGUCAGCUGAUGACACUAACCGGUCCUGGCCAACAGUCUUCUCUUCAGAGCUGCCCAUUAAUAAACCCUCCUAUCAUAGCAUUCCUGAGAUAUCUAAGCAAUGGCAUACCCUUGGCAACCACUGCCCAUCCACCCACAAGCAAGACUGUCUUGGCAAACAACCAGCCAGCUACACAUACAUGCCAACCAACAGUGAAUGUAACAUCUCCAACAGUGGCCAUAAGAGGGAAACCACCUUUCAGCCUUCUAAGUCCAUGGAGUACGUGGAGGUUCAGAAGGUGGAACAAGAGAAUAUGCUGGUUCUGAAACCUAUAGCAAAGGCAAGGCAGGACCUCUACCACCUGGAGUUCACAGGACAGGACUAUAGUAGGGUGAAUGGGGUGGUCAAAGACAACAUCCUCCUGCUUCAGAAGGAAAUGGCUGCUAAAGACCAAGAAUUACAAAACUUGGUGGAGAACUACGCCCAGCAACAGGCUGGAAAACCCCAAAUCCACAUGGCUGUACCUUUGCCCUAUGAGGGAGCACACAUCGCAUCUAACGGCUAUGUUGACACAGCCACCAUAUUGCCCACCUUUUCUCAAGCCUCUUCACAGAGAGAAGCCUCAUAAACUUAACUUCGUUUCCAGAAUUAUUUAUCAUAUUGGAAUUAUAAAGAAAGGCAAAAUGUUGUUCACAAUGUUAGGCAUAUUUAUUUUUGCAUCACCCAAUGGUUGAGCAGAUUGUGUCACAUUAUAUUUCUGAUAUAGAGGUAAAAUUGUCUUUUUCACAUAUUUUCACACAUACAUUUACGAGUGUCAUAUUUGCUUGCUGUGUCUAUGCUGUGUAUGCCUAAUACGAAAUAAUUUUAAUGAACGUUAAAAUAAUGUUUGUUACUAUAAUUGCUGAAAUGAAAAUGAUUGAAUAGUAUUGUGUUCUUAGUCACAAAUAGAACAGAAUCAAUCAAAACAGAAUCAAUACUUAUUUCCUCAUUGAAGACAAAUAAAUCAAUACAUUUGAGGAAAAUAUACAAUAUGCUAGCAAUAAGAAUGUAUAUAUAUAUAUAUAACUGUAAAAUACUUUUUAUAAAGAUGAUAUUUUUCUGUUUAUGUAGACAUUUAUAGUUCACAAAUGUUUAAAAAUUAAGUCAAUUUUUUUCCCAUUAAAGGUAGAUAAACCGCAAAGCUGCUUUUAA